GCAAGUGUGCAAAGCUCACAAAUUGAGAGACAGAGGCAGCAGUAGUCGGGCUUAGGUAUUCUACCCUCUCUGAAUAUAAUUUUAGAUUUAGAUUCAGCUUAAAUCCAAAGGGAAAACACUUUAUAAGGUUGAAAGCUGUGUAGUUGCAACAGCCAGGGUUAUGAGCUAUCAAAUGCAAUUACAUUAAAAUAGAUUAUACUGUGUAAAUUGAGCCAUUUAGAAGGUGAGAACCAAAGAAACAGCUCUGAUCCCCUUCUUUCUAAAUUGCAGUUUUAGUUCCUUGCAAUUCUGAGGCACAAAAGUAGGUGAGACUGCUUUUGUAUCUGCAAAGUGCUUUAUUUCUGAGUGUAAUUCUAACUGAGUGCAAUCUAGGUUAAAAGCUGGACAACUGGGUAAUUAGAGCUCACUUGCUGCUAAAGGACGAUCAGCUGUACCGUAGCUCAUUUGUGUUCCCAGAGACUUGUUCUCUUCUCCCCUGAGCGGAGGCUGCUGGAGAAGAAGCAUCUGUCCCCGGACUUUUCUUGAUUGCGGAGAUGAUGGUGCUGGACAAGGAGGACGGUGUGCCGAUGUUAUCUGUACAACCCAAAGGGAAGCAGAAGGGCUGCGCUGGCUGCAACCGGAAGAUCAAGGACCGGUACCUGCUGAAGGCUCUGGAUAAGUAUUGGCAUGAAGACUGUCUAAAGUGUGCCUGCUGUGACUGCCGUCUUGGAGAGGUUGGAUCAACUCUUUACACAAAAGCAAAUCUCAUUCUUUGCCGCAGAGAUUACCUGAGGCUCUUUGGUACCACCGGGAAUUGUGCUGCCUGCAGUAAACUGAUCCCUGCCUUUGAGAUGGUGAUGAGGGCCAGAGAUAAUGUUUACCAUUUGGACUGCUUUGCCUGUCAGCUCUGCAACCAGCGAUUCUGCGUGGGAGACAAAUUUUUCCUGAAGAACAACAUGAUCUUGUGUCAGAUGGACUAUGAGGAAGGGCAGCUGAACGGGAGCUUCGAGUCCCAGGUUCAAUAACAAACCCUGCUUCGCUGAAGCACUGUGGGAUGGGCGCUCGGCUGCGCGAGCAGCGAGGGUGACUGUCAGCUUGCCUGCAAUAUUUUUUUAAUUCUUGGUCCAGAGAGGACUAUAUACAUCGUAGUACUUUCCCCCCCAACACAAAGCAGUUACAAUUUUAGAUGUACAGUUGUGCCUGCUUAGCUGAGCACUGCAUUGCCUGUAUGUUUGUGAGUUUUUGGGGUCUGGGGGAGGGCUCUGUACAGUCUGUUUUCUGUAUAUAAACUGGAACAUUUAUUUUAUGAAAAAUGUAAUGCAAUUUUAUUACUGGUGUGAAUUAAAAAUUAUGAAUGUUUCCUGG